AUGAUGCGCCGUGUCAGUCAACGAGUAGCGCGGGAGGCAUUCUCUCGUAGCACGCCUUCAAGCCGCCUGGCGGUUGCUGUGGCCUUCAACGCCCUCGCCGCCGCCCCCAGCCGCAGCCACGUUGCGGCUCUGGCCACUUCCAUGCGUUUCUGUUCCACCACGAAGGGCGAGACAGCCGCAGCAGAGUCGUCGAAGCCGGCAGACAUCACCGACGAAGAUGUCGUCAUCGACCCAGUGUCCACUGCGCGGGAUGACGCCUCCUCCGCGAAGGACUCAACAGCGGGGGCGAAGGCCAACGACGACGCUGAGCGGGUCGUUGGAGCGGUGGAGGAAAUGGGUUUCAGGACGGAGACGCGGCAGCUGCUCGACAUUGUGGCCUGUAGCCUGUACACCGAGAAGGAGGUGUUCAUUCGCGAGCUCGUGUCGAACGCGAGUGAUGCGCUGGAGAAGCGCCACCUGCUGGAGGUGAGCAAGCCGGAGGAGUACCCGCGCGAGUCGGACGACGAAGCCCCGCUGAUUGCCAUUUCGUGCAACCAGAGCAAGAGCCGCUUUGUCAUUCGCGACACUGGCAUCGGCAUGACGAAGGAAGAGCUCGCGGAGAACCUCGGCACCAUUGCCGGAUCAGGCUCCAAGGCCUUUGUGCACGAGCUGCAGACCACCGGAGCUGCCGGCCAGGCGGCGGAGAAAAUUAUUGGCCAGUUCGGCGUUGGCUUCUACGCCGCCUUCAUGGUGGCAAAGAACGUCAAGGUGUACAGUCGCAGCGCAAAGAAUGGCAGCAAGGGCUACCUGUGGGAGUCGGACGGCACCGGCUCCUUCUCAAUCGCGGAGUGCGAGGGUGUUGACAAGGGCACGAAGAUUGUUCUCGACAUCAAAGACACAGAACUCUCUUUCUGCACCCCGCAGGUCUGCGAGCGCGUGCUGAAGAAGUACAGCAACUUCGUGUCGUAUGAGAUUAUGCUCAACGGUGGAAAGGUGAACACGGUGGAGGCACUUUGGAUGAAGGAGAAGAACGCCAUCACGAACGAGGAGCAUAUCGAUUUCUACAAGUUUAUCUCCGGUGCGUACGACAGCCCCAUGUUCCGCCUGCACUACUCCGUUGACGCCCCGCUGUCGAUCCGUGCGCUGCUGUAUGUACCACAGUCCCACACGGAGAAGUACGGUGGCGGCCGCAUGGAGAACGGUGUCAACCUCUACAGUCGCCGUGUGCUCAUUCAGUCCAAGGCCAAGGGCCUGCUGCCGGAGUGGCUGCGCUUCAUAAAGGGCGCGGUGGACUCUGAGUCCAUUCCACUCAAUGUGUCGCGCGAGCACACACAGGACGGGAGUAUGAUGCGGCGCCUGUCGACUGUGCUCACGAAGCGCAUCAUCCGUUGGCUCGAGGAGGAGGCGAAGCAGGACCGGCAGAAGUACGAGCGCUUCAUCAAGGAGUACGGGCCGUUCCUGAAGGAGGGCGUAUGCACAGAUCAGGUGCACAAGAUGGAGCUGGCUAAGCUCCUGCGCUUCGAGACGACAAAGUCAGACAUUGACUACCCGUUCGUCUCCCUCGACGAGUACCGCGACCGCAUGCUGGCGAAUCAGACGCACAUUUACUACAUCAACGCCCCCACACGAGAGAUGGCACUGGAGUCGCCGUACUACGAGCAGUACAAAGAUCACGAUCUCGAGGUGCUUAUCUGCACUGAGCCAAUCGACGACUUUGUGAUGCAGCACCUCGAUACGUACGCGAAGCAUAAGCUGCAAAAUAUUGAGAUGUUCGACGCCACCCUUGACGGCAGCGUGCAGCACAAGAAGAAACUUGAGGGCGACAAGACAGACGUGAAGGUGGAGAAGCAGCUGACGGAGGCGCAGGUGAAGGGGCUCAGCGACUUCAUUGCAAAGCGGCUGGUCGGCCGCGUGGGCGUCGUGAGGCCCACAACACGCCUGCGCGACAGCCCUGCCGUCAUCGCCGACCACGAGUCAGCGCAACUGCGGAAGAUUUACCGCGUGACAGGGCAGAUGGUCGGCGCCCCGCCAAAGUACAAUCUGCACAUCAACCCGAAGCAUCCGAUUGUGCGGAAGCUGUACACGCUGUCCAUCUCGCCCAAGUCGGAGGAGGUGGAGACGGCCGGGCUGCUGGUGGAGCAGCUGUUUGACAACGCUGUUAUCUCCGCCGGGCUGCUGGAGGACCCGCGCUCGAUCGUUGCGCGCCUCAACAACAUCAUGUCACGCAUGGUGGAAAAUGUUGAGGAGCCGACGGCAGACAAGUAG